AUGUAUUUCACUUCUGCUGCAGCAACACUGCUGCUCGGUGCAUCUUUCGCAACUGCCGCUCCUUGUUCCAAGCAGCGUACUUUCUACAACGGCACUUGUACGGCAGAGACAGUGACGAUUCGAAAGGAAUGGCGCAACCUUGCAGAGAGCGAGCAGGCCUCGUAUCUCGAAGCUGUUAACUGUCUCAUGGAACUUCCGGCCAACACUUCCCUGAGUGGCGUCACCAACAGAUUCAGCGACCUUCAGGCUACACACCGUGAUAAGACCAAUGCCACCGUCAAUGGUGUUUUCGUUGGCGAUAUUAUCCACAGUGUCGGCCAAUUCCUUCCAUGGCACCGCUGGUACAUUUACGCUCACGAGGUGAUGCUGCGCGACCAAUGCAACUAUACUGGCCCUCUUCCCUGGUGGGACGAGGCCAAGGACGCCGACACGGGCAACGCCUUUAGCUCCCCCAUGUGGUCCGCCGACGCUUUUGGUGGCAACGGAACCGGCUCGGACCUCUGCGUCGUCGAUGGCGCUUUCGCCAACCACACGGAGCACAUUGGUCCGGGCUUGGCCAAUACCGACUAUUGCCUGGACCGUUCCUGGGAUAAUGAAUGGGCUGUCGAGUCCGCCAACUCCACCAGUGUCAAGAACUGCACCCGUCACAACGAUUAUGAGACUUUCUGGCAGUGCAUGGUCGCUGAGAAGAGUACUCACAAGGGCAUCCACACCGCCGUUGGAGGUCUUAUGGGUGACAAGGACACCUCUCCCGGUGACCCAAUCUUCUUCCUGCACCACAACUAUGUCGAUCGCAUCUGGUGGCAGUGGCAGACUGCCAACCCUGACAGCCGCAUGUACGACAUGUCCGGCACCACAUUCAACACGACUUAUCUCACUGUCGAAGGCAUCGAUGCUCCCGAUGUGGCCACGGCGAGCCUGGACUAUGUCAUCAACAUUGCUGACAUUCUCCCCGACGUAAUCAUUGGCGAUGUCAUGAAUGUACAGAACGGACUGCUGUGUUACGACUAUGACUAUUAG